UUGGCAGGGCCAAAAUAUACGCGAGCUCCAAGUACCCAUGCCCGGAUUGGACGGUUGAAGCCAUCGUGAUGAUGACAGAAAGAAGGGAUGGCGAAGAUCCAAGAGACGCCGUUGGAAUGUUUGUUUUUAAGUUUGUCUUAUGGUUUUUGGUAGCGUAGGGCAAGCAACACACGAAGUGGGUUUGAGUGGGUUGUUCCUGCCGCUUCGGGUGGUCAAGGCUGCUGUUGCUGCUGCAUGUCUCCUGCCUUCUCUCUUCGGCUACCUACGUACUGCAAGGCAACGCACGCAAGAUAAAUCUUUCUCUCGCCCCGACUUCUUCUUCUCUUCUUUCCAUCCACAAACACGCAUACAUCCACACUCUCGUUCAUCGCGAAUCCAUCGUCUUCGGACAUCUUCCAUCGUUCAGUUACUUCAACAACACACUCUCGUUACUACCAACAUCCACAAUCGUUCAAGAUGAAGGCCUUCCAGUCUCUCGUCCCCGUCUUCGGACUCGUCGCCGCCGCCCAAGCUUGGGGUUCUGGCUGGAACGACACCACUGUCUGGACCACUAUCACCACCGACAUCUACACCACUUACUGCCCUGAGUCGACCACCUUCACUAUGGGUACCAAGACCUAUACGGCUACCGAGAGUGAGACCAUCACUAUCACUGAUUGUCCCUGCACCUACUCCAAGCCAGUCAAGUCUACUUGGGCUCCAUCCUCCACCUAUGUUCCUGCCAACAGCACUUGGGUUCCUCCUGUCUGGAUCACUACUACUGAGACCGUCUCCUCAUACACUACCUACUGCCCGGUUCCAACCACCUUCACCGAAGGCACCAGCACGUACACUGUCUCAUCCGCCACUACCUUGACCAUCAGUGAAUGCCCCUGCACUCGCACCUCCACUCUUCCCGGCACCACUUCAGUGAUUACCAUUGGCACGACCACAUCUUACUGCCCAACUCCUACUGUGAUCACAUCGGGCUCGUCUGUCAUCUCUGUCAGCACCCCAACCACAGUCACCCUACCAAUCUGCUCCACAACCACAUAUCCCAUCACCACACCAGCCUCAACUGCACCUGCAAGCACUCUGACCACUGCUCCACCUGCUACGACCCCAGGCUCUGUUGGUACAACCAGCGUCAAGACUGGCCCAAGCCCUACGACCUCGACUCCUGUUCAGGUCUCUGGCAAUGCUGCUGUUGUCAACGGCGUUGGCCUCGGCGCCAUUGCUGCUGGUCUCGCCGCUAUGAUCUUGUAAACACCUCUUCCAGAUCUUCUCAUCUCGCCUUACGAACCUAAUGAUUUUACGGACGGAUGGUAUUAGAUGGAAGUGGGAAGGAGUUUACAAGGACAUUCAUUUGGCAUCAACUUUGCUUUCCCCCAGAUCGGACAGAUCAUGAUAUUUUGGAGCUUCUACACACAAACUCGCUCAUGUCGCGCUCGACAUAUUCAAUUCUCUCGUACAUACUUUCCAGAUGCUGCUUGAGGAGGAAGGGCAA